GGAUCCCAAGCCCUGAUGUGAUCGCCCGUCUUUGCACACGGCCACGUACACGCUUCGGGUCUGAGCGAAGUUCUCGUGGAGAAGCGUGAACGCUAAAUUGACGAUGUCGUCCCGCCGCGACGCCGAGCGGACGAUCUUGGCAAAAACACGGUGCUCUGUCCUUCCCGCUCUUCCCUCACUGGCUGAGCGCCAUGUAGAGACCUCCCCCUCCGCGUUGCUCUCAGAGACCUCCAAACAAGAUGUCUGGCGAAAAGGCUGCUUACAAUCCUCAGCUACCUGCACCCAUCAUGCAGACUCAACAACAUCCGUAUGCCGCACAACAAGGCCAUCAGGCAGUUCCUGCUAUGCAGCACCAGCAAGCGCCCGUCUAUGUUCAGCAGCCUAUGCAUCAGCAUGAUGAGAAAGGCAUGCCCUACCGACAGCAUCCUCAGCACAUGCAGCAGCCUCAGGCUAUGCCCGCCAUGGUCGCUACAGCUGACAACAUUCUCGGUCGUCCCCGCGAUGCCGACGGAAAGCGCGAAUGGAGUUACGGGCUAUGCUCCGGCAAGACCUGCAGCGGCUGCCUCUUCCCUUACUUCUGUAGCUGCAUCUCCUACGGUCACAAUGCCCAGCGCUACGAAGCGCUCAGAAAUACAGGCAGACCCAAGACGAACCCAGAGAUCUUCAGUUCACCCUGCAUGCUCUGGCUCCUCGUCUCGUGCAUCAUUCCGCCAUCGUGUAUCUUCCUCCCCGGUCAGCGCGAGCAGAUCGCGUCGAGAUACGGCAUUCGCACCAACGGAUGCUCCGAAUGCUGCCUCUCGAUCUUCUGCGCACCUUGCAUGCUUUCGCAAGCUUCGCGCGAGCUCGAACUCGAAGAGCAAGCCAUUCGAUAGACUAUCCGUUCACUUCAUGGACUUUACGGGGUUGUUAGGGACUGAGUUGUAUCGCUGGUGCGAACAAUUGCAACGUGUGCACAAC